AAAGAAGAGCUGCGUGUACAACUUCACGUGCUAAAGAUGCUGAUUUAGAAAGGCUGCACAGCUAUCCGUUUCAAACGGUGCCCGCCAACAAGCCGUCUAGACUGUCCUCUUGCCCCAUCACUUUACCGAUUCUUCUAUCGCUGUUUUUGCAGGCGCUCGCAAUGAUUUUUCUGUACUUUUGGGAGAACUGCGCACUGGAUUUGUUCAGUUUGAACAUCGACUCGACCGACAUGUGGAUCCGCAGUUCCCACCGAAACGGGCAAAUCAUCGGCCUGUGCAACAUCGAGCACGUGGUCGCGUCUGCGGUGUACUUUUCCCUGCAGAACUUCAAUUUGGCGCAGCGCAAACUGAAUUGGCGGCUCCUGGUAGCGGUGCUGGUGUUAGGGCUGCUGCCGAUACUAUUCCUGUUGACCGCGAGCGCGGACUUUGAGAAAAUGACCUACGCGGGUGGAAACAAGCCGAGGGUAUUAACUUUGGGGCCUUCAUCCGCGAGUGAGGGACCAGAGGGUCGUGGGGACAUUUAUGAUAUACCUGAAUUGUACCGGCCUAAAAACCCG